AUGUCUGAAAACGGAAAGUGCUUUGAGGAAGAACUUCUAACAAAGACUACUGAGGAUCAGAAAGAAACAGAAGAUGCUAUUGCAAAAAUUUAUGAUGACAUUUUGGAGAGUGGGAACCUACCACAUUUAAUGAAAAUAAAACAUGCCAGAUUUUUACAAGCUGGUCUUUCACAAUUACCACCGAUGUUCAAGGCAUUAGAUGCAUCACAGCCAUGGAUAUUAUAUUGGUGCUUAAACUCUUUGAACCUUUUAGGAAUAGACCCUCCGCAAGAUGUGAAGAAACAAAUUGUGAGCAAAGUUUUGGCCCUUCAACAUAAAGAUGGUGGUAUUGGAGGUGGUUUAGGUCAGUUUGGUCAUAUUGCCUCAACUUAUGCUGGUAUUCUAGCUCUAGCAAUUGCAGGUGAUGGAGAAAGUUUCAAUAGAUUGGAUCGUAAGAAGAUGUACGAAUGGUUGAUGAGUCUGAAGCAGAAAGAUGGUUCAUUUGUUAUGCAUGUUGGUGGUGAGAAGGAUACAAGAGCAGUUUAUUGUUCACUCGUUGUCGCUUCUUUGCUUGAUAUAAUAAGCGAGGAGUUAGUUGAAGGUACUGCUGAAUGGCUAGCUCAAUGCCAAACAUUUGAAGGUGGGUUUGGAGGUGCUCCGUUUGAUGAAGCUCAUGGGGGGUAUACAUUUUGUGCUGCUGCUGCCCUGUUAAUCUUAGGCAAAGAAGUACUUUUAAAACAUAUUAAUUUAGAAAAACUUAUCCAGUGGACAGUAACGAAGCAAUUGAGCUUAGAAGGCGGCUUUUCGGGUCGUUCAAAUAAACUAGUUGAUGGUUGUUAUAGUUUUUGGGUUGGUGGUUUGAUACCUAUGUUUGAUAUUUUGGUAGGAAGUGAAGUUGCAUCUAGAGCUGCCUUACAAAAUUACAUACUUUCGUGCUGUCAGCAUGAACAAAUGGGCGGUUUAAGAGACAAACCUGGCAAAAACCCAGACUUUUAUCACUCAAACUAUGUCUUGCUAGGUCUAAGUGUUGUUCAAAAUAAAUUUGCUAUUGAUCAAGACCAAUUGGAGAGAAAUGAAAAGAUAAAUUCUCUAGAUUCUCUAGCAUAUUCAAUUUCCUCAACCCCAAUAGAUCCUUCAGUUGUGAAGGCGGAAAAGGAGGAUAUAAUCAAGACCAUAAACCCAAUAUUUGGUCUUCCUGAAGGUGUUGCCGAACACUUCAAAGCUCAUUAUGUAUCUCAGAAAGAAUAA